CACCAUCUCUGUUGGGAGGGUGCUGAGGCGAAGGCAUCGAUAAGACUUCUAAGUUUGGACAUCUUCAGGAUCCGGUGAAAGGUCAGGCGGGGCCGUCAAUAGCAGCCAAUAGGAGCUGGGACAAGACUAUAAAGGGGCGGCUUGGCGAGAGCUCCGAGCAAGGGAAAGGUUGCUCCGGCUUUAGGCAGCGCGACCGCAGACCAGGAACACGCGGCAGGCAGCGAAGGACCAUGAUCCGAGUGAGGUGUCUCCGCGGAGGUAGCAGAGGAGCAGAGUCAGCCCAUUUCUUAGGAGCUCUGAUUGGCCGGGCCGUUGCAGGAUGGGUGCAGAAAACGUUCCAAAGCACUCAGGCUGCUGCUGCUGCUGCUACUACAGCUAAGAGUUCCUGUGUUGCAGAUGAUGAUCACAAGGACCAGGCUACUGAUGCUCUGGCCAAAGAGUGUCCCGUCUGCUCCUACAAUGAGUGGGACCCACUGGAAGAAGUGAUUGUUGGGAGACCAGAAAAUGCAUGUGUACCCCCUUUCACAAUGGAAGUGAAGGCCAAUACCUAUGAGAAAUAUUGGCCCUUCUACCAGCAAUAUGGAGGCCAAAGAUUUCCUAAAGAGCACAUAAGCAAAGCUGUUGCCGAGAUUGAAGAGAUGUGUAAUGUACUCCGUGGUGAGGGAGUGGUUGUCAAGCACCCAGAGAUUAUCAACUGGUCUGAGAAUUAUAAUACACCAGACUUUAAAUCUACAGGCAUGUACGCUGCCAUGCCAAGGGACAUACUGCUGGUGGUUGGCAAUGAAAUCAUUGAGGCGCCGAUGGCAUGGAGGGCACGUUUCUUUGAAUAUAGGGCAUAUCGGCCACUCAUUAAGGAUUACUUUCUGCGUGGAGCCAAAUGGACAACUGCCCCCAAACCACAAAUGUCAGACGAGCUGUACAACAUGGAGUACCCUAUAUCCUCCGUGGAAGACAGACACAAGCUGGCUGCUGAAGGGAAAUUUGUGACCACCGAGUUUGAACCCUGCUUUGAUGCUGCUGAUUUCAUGAGAGCUGGGAAGGAUAUAUUUGCACAAAGGAGUCAGGUGACUAAUUUCAUGGGGAUUGAGUGGAUGCGGAGACAUCUUGCUCCGACAUACAACGUUCACACCCUCUCCUUCAAGGAUCCAAACCCUAUGCAUAUCGAUGCAACUUUCAAUAUAAUCGGACCUGGUUUGGUUUUGUCAAACCCUGACCGUCCCUGUCAUCAAAUCGAGGUCUUCAAAAAUGCUGGCUGGACUAUCAUCUCUCCCCCUACUCCUCUGAUAUCAGACGAUCACCCUUUGUGGAUGUCUUCAAAGUGGUUGUCCAUGAAUGUUCUGAUGCUGGAUGAGAAGCGAGUGAUGGUCGAAAAGAAUGAGACUAACAUUCAUAAGAUGUUUGAAAAACUAGGCAUUGCCACAAUUAAAGUCAACAUUCGGAAUGCUAAUUCUUUGGGAGGUGGUUUUCAUUGCUGGACAUGUGACAUCCGUCGCCGUGGCACUCUCCAAUCGUAUUUCAACUGAGUAUUGCAGGGUCGAAUUAAAUAAUAAUAAUUAAAAUGGCUAUUGGAAUUUAUCCCAAGGAGCUGGAAUACAAAGAGGUGAAAAGAGGUCUCAGUUCUACGAAAUUGUGAUUAAUCUCUAUUUAGUUUUGGGCACCACAGGUUGGAGCAUAAAUUGUUCUGUGAGCAUUACACCACAAAUUUAUCCGAAUGAUACUCAAACUGAAAAUGGUUAAAUUAUAUAGACAGGCCCGCCAUGUGAAUAUUGACUUCUAGUACAGUAAUCUCUUCCAAUUAUUCCCCUGUUCCUUCCCUAGAGCCUUUAACCAUUCCUUCUCCAGUACUCAUUCAAUUUCCUUUGGAAAGUUUUGAUUGAUUCCGUUUCCACCCUCCUACAGACAGCAAGUUUCUUCUUUUGCUCCAUAGGUCAGGAUCGUCCCCUUGAGGCAUCUGCUAUUGAGAAUGGCUCGGCCGAGCAACUAAUUUGGAGAAUAAAAGAUAAAACAAUAAUUGAUCUGACAAAGAUAUUUAAGAAGUAAAAAAACUAAUUCCAUUGAUGUGGGUAGGAGAGUUGUUCCCAAACAAGAAGCCAUCAUACAAUCAGAUCUCAGCCAUUUGGUGGUAAUGUCAAGAAGUACCUCUUGAUAAAGAGUUUAAAUGCAAUAAUCUGGGGCAGAAAGAGGCGAUUUACCAAUGUUGAUUGUUUGUGAAUUAUUUGAAAAAGUCUCCUAAUUUACUCAAUAGUGUUGCAGUGCCCUUUAAAUGAUCACUCAUUUUAUUGUUAAUUAACCCUUUUCCAAAACUCUCUGACAUGCAUUUCAGAGCACAGUCAUAUGACAACUGAUCAUCUUGGGCUAUUGCUGGUUCUUUUGUCAAUUAUCCCAAGUCCAUGGACUCUUGGUCACCAACAAUUUUGCCAAUGUAAAUAAUUUGUCAUUACCCUAUCCUCAUAAUUGUGGAUAUUUCUAUAAAACGUUCUUCAUAGCUGAGGAAUGAACCCCAGUUUAAGCGCUCCACAGACAUUAAGUUCUUCACUGGGGCACCCUCCUUUACAGCCUGUCCAUGGCAUUGGCAACCUGCUCAAUUGUGAUGCCCAAAACUGGCCACAGUGCCCCAGCUGGUCCUUAAACAAUAGUUAUGAAAUAAGCUUCAGUGCAACUAGCUUGCUUUUGUAGUCUGUCUUUAUUUAUAAAAUCAAGGAUCCCAACUUCCUUUUUUCAUAAUCUUCUCAAUGUAGCCUGCAACGUUAAAACGUCUCUGUUCUUACAACCCCUUCUUCUAACAUUACUUGUUAAAUGUAUUGUCAUAUGCACAGGUACAAUGAAAAUCUUGCUUGAGGCAGAACACUAACGCAUAGGCUCAGACAACACAUUGAAACAUAAAUGACACAUAUUUUGCAAGACAGCAAAAAGUCAGAAUGUGCAAGAAGACGACAUUAGUGCAAAACACAAUUAGAAAACAAAUCCAUGAUAAUGUUCAUCAACUAAUGGUGAAACUUUGGAACAAUUCUCCCCCAAAAGCCUGGUUUGGAACAAACUGAAAUUUUCAAAAUAGAGAUGGAUACAUUUUUGUUAGACGAUGUUAUUGAUUCUUAUGGGGGGGGGGGGGGGGGGGGGGGGGUGAUUAGAGCUAAGACUUGGAUCACCCACAAUUAACCGAAUAGCAAAAUCUGUGCAAAAGCCACUGUUGAUCCUAUUCACCCAUGUUAAUUCAGCUCAAGCCUCGACUCAAACAUAGGUUGAAUUUACUUUAGACAAACACAUGCAUGAAUUGUAGGUUGUACUUUAACAGUGAUCAAUCACUACUCAAAGCUGGUUUUUAAAAUUAUAUCGAAGAGAUAUGCUCAAAUUAAAGUGUAAUCUGCAACAAAGGUCCUCUUGUUGACUUACAAACAUUUCCUCAUUUAAUGACUCUGGCUUCUCAAUUCCACUUGACAAGGUCACAAGUUAUUUCAGGUUUUUUGUGAUAACAUUUUCAGUUCAUCACGUACUGUUGUCAUUCUCCACUCUAUUCAACAUUUUAAAUUAAAUUUACUGGAAUUCCAUUGAGGACCAUGUUUGUAUUUGGUGUAGGAAUUAGCAGUUUUGCAAUGCUCAUUUAAAAAAAAAAAUCUUGUAUAAGAUUUUAUUUGGCAGCUGAAUAUUGUGAGGCAAAUGAUUUGGCAUAAAUCCAUGCAUUACCAUAAAAUGUCUCUCUGUUGCCACCUGAUGUCGAGAGUUGGGACUUAAAAAAAACCCCGAGAGACGGAGUGCAUGAGCUCAUACCCAGGUAACCAGAGUUUCACAGAGGCUGAACCACUUACCUGAAUAAAAGUGAAAAUGCUAGAAAAAAUGUUCAGCGGGGCAGGCAGCAUCUGUGGAAAGAGAAACAAAAAGGAAGGGUUGCAGUCACAUGUCAAUUGCUUCUCUCUCCGUGGUUGCUGCCUGACCUGCUGUGUGUUUCCAAUAUUUUUAAUUUCAGAUUUCCAGCAUCAGCAGGUUUGAUUGCCAUUUCCAGAGUGAUUUGCAUCACUUAAAUUCAUUAGGCAUCUCCAGAGGAGACCACUGGUAUGCCGAGACUUUUUCCAUAUAGGGGAUACAUGUUGUGAUAGUUCUCCUGUGCAAUGUUCUUUUGGAGGGUGCUUAAGAACUUGAACCAUGUUGUUUCAGGAGCAACUGUGGUUGCUCGCUGGAGAGACUGCAACAUAGCAGACUCCUGCUUGGCAAGGCAAUUCCUUCCCCUCCUAUCCUUCUGACUGCAUCUCUCUCCCACAAUUAUCCUGUUUCCAAGCCCCAAUAUCACCCGCCUCUCAACUUGCCACCAUUCAAGCAUUGUAAUUUCCUCAUCUCCCCCUUCCUAUCCAAUUUGCAAGGCUCCAAAGUUCAAUUGGCGACUGCCCAACUACACGUGCCACACACAAUCACCUGCACCCACAACUUUUAGGGUGCAGUAGAAUUCCUGGGCAUGCAUGUAUUCAGCUUUGUGUGGACCUUCAUACUGUGAAUCUCUUAAUUGGUGAAGUGUUUAAAAUAAGACUGGGAUGCUCCAUCAUUUGUCUUCAAUUAAUUUGUUUCAAGUCUGUAAUUGUUUCGCUUGAAUGCUGAACUCACUUGAACCCCAGAGUCUAUUGCAUGCGGUACGGGCUGUCAAAUAUUGCUGGUAUGCAUUUUGGCCUGAGGAGACAUGUUGGGCUCUAGCUUUCUGAUUGAAAAAGCAUUAAAUUUUAUUCCUGGAAACAAAGUUUUCCCACUGCUGUAAACCCAUUAAGAUCCAGGGGUUUAGAGAAUCCAUACGAGGAGAGUUGCAGAGUGUUGCAGGCUGACAGAUUGUGUGGCCAGUGGGUGGAGCUCAACAGCUCUCAAACAGCAGCAUACAGUUACAGAGUAUAGAAAUAGGCUCUUUGAACCUCUACAUCUCUGCUGACUCCAUCUGCCCGCGCAGAAGCAUUUGCUUUAUUUACUUCUCUGGCCUUUAAGUCCACCCGUCUGCAGGGAUGCUCUUCUAGCAUGCAAGACUUGCCAAAUGCACUCGAUGCUCCUAGAGAGGAGACUUCAGAUUGCAGCAGCUCUUCCCUGGAUUUGUAAUUCCCUGUCCUUUUCCUCUUUUUUGUGUCUAGGAACAAAUGUUUCCCAGGUACAUGGAACUGGACCAUUUGCCCUUUGGAAUGAUAUUUAAAAAAAUCUGCAAACAUUGUUUCUGGGAAACAAGCAAAAUGACAAGUGAAUUAAAUUCUGAAGUGUAUUUAGCAACACAUGGUUUAGUUAAUGGUUUAUUUGUAUUUUACUGCAGUAUGUUGAAUGAGCAUGCAAAAUAUGUAGAAUUCUUUUUCUUAAUAAAUAAAUCUAUUGAAUUCAA